UUCAACACGCCACAUUGUUGUACUGGCAGUGGACAGAUACUUGGACAUGCGCCUAAAUUCAGAUGGAAAAAUAGAAAUGAAGGAACCCAGGAAGGCAAAAAAAGAGCAUGGCUUCCUGUUGAACAUCACCGCACAAUGUAUGGCCGGCUUUUUGUGGCUCCUGCCCCAUGGUUUGCGGUGGGCCUUUCCAUUUAAUUUUAAAUUUUUAAUUCAAUUUCACUUUAGUUUCUUUGUUUGCUUUUAUUUUGAUUCUUUUUUUUUUUAAAGAAAAAUUAUUUCUUUUUUCUUUCAACAAAAAUAGUGUCAUUUGUGGAGUCAGAAUGACUAGACCCGCGCGAGUCUUUUCAACGCAGCUGCUGAAUGAUGUCCAUCGUUCGAACAUGUUCAGCGGUUCGAGACCUGAAUCUCAAUUCAACACUGAAGAGAGCAGAGAGUCAGAUCAUACUGCAUAUUCUAACACCGCCAUCGAACAAUAUAUUGGACAGGACACACAGAAUCUUGGAUGCUGUUGAACGCUGCCCACAAAAGUGUCGGGUGCAAAUGUGCCGCUCUGGGCACCUUGUUCUGCUGUUAAAAAAGCCUUCCAGUACAGUUGAUGCCUAUGUCUUUCCAUACUUUUUCCUCUCAAUCAUCAUCUGGACCCGUGCUCCUCUAGCCCUUGGACUAUACUCUAAUUCAUUGAUUUGUUUGUUCAAAUGCUCAAACGAGGUCUGCGUACUUUUCAUACACUUGCUGGGUUAUUCCUCACUUGGUGGUUAC